AUGAAUCCAUCAACUUCGACUACAUCUGCCAAUAAAAGUGGUGCAGGUCCAUUGUAUCGUAUACCACCUUAUCAUUAUAUACAUGUUUUGGAUCAAAAUACAAAUGUUACACGACUUGAAGUUGGUCCAAAAACAUUUAUUAAACAAGACAAUGAAACAGUUACAAUUGGACCAGAAAAAAUGAUUACAGUACCGCCACGUCAUUAUUGUGUUGUUGAAUCACCUGUUGUACGUAAUGAAGCUGGAGAAGUUCAAUAUGAUGUAAAUGGCCAAGCUAAACUUGUUCAUGCUGAUUUAGAUAUUCGUCUUGCACAACCUGAUCAAUCACCAUUUCCACUUUAUCCUGGAGAAAUUCUUCGUCAACCAGUUACCCCUUUAAAAGUUGUACCAGCUAAUUCAGCAUUACGUUUAAAAGCUGUACUUGAUUUUGAUGAUGAAAUAACAAAAGAACAACGUCGUGCUGGUGAUGAAUGGUUAUUUGAAGGACCAGCAACAUAUAUUCCACGAAAAGAAGUUAGUGUAGAAGAACAAAUUCGUGCAACUGUUAUUGGUUCUAAUCAAGCUAUUCGUUUAUGUGCAAAAAAAGAAAUUAUUGAUCGUACAGGUCAACGACGUGUUACUGGUGAAGAAUGGUUAGUGAAAAAAACUGGUGCUUAUUUACCACUUGCAUAUGAAACAGUUGUCACUGUUGAAAAUGCACAUGUUUUAACAGAUAAAAAAGCUCUUCAUUUACGUGCAUUAAAAACUUUUACAGAUGAUUUUGGUAAAAAACGUAUGAAUGGUGAAGAAUGGCUUGUUACACUUAAUGAUACUGAAACACAUACACUUAGUGUUUAUGAACAAUUAGUUGCUGUUGUUGAUGUAAUAACACUUAAUUCACGUCAAUAUUGUGUUAUUCUUGAUCCAGUUGCUAAUGGAAAACCACAAUUAGGAAAAAAGAAACUUAUUGUUGGUGAAAAAUCAUUUUUUCUUCAACCAGGUGAAAAACUUGAAAAUGGUAUUCAAGAUGUUUAUAUAUUAGGUGAAGAUGAAGGUGUUAUUCUUAAAUGUAUUGAAGCAUUUACUGAUGAACAAGCUAGUACAGAUCGAAAUCCUGGUGAUCGAUGGAUGAUUCGUGGUCCAACUGAAUAUAUUCCUCCAACACAAGUUGAAGUUGUUACACGUCGAAAAGCAAUGCCUUUAGAUGAAAAUGAAGGUAUUUAUGUACGUGAUAUAAAAACAGGUCGUGUACGAGCUGUUAUUGGUGAAACUUAUAUGUUAACACAAGAUGAAGAACUUUGGCAAAAAGAAUUACCUAAACAAGUUGAAGAUUUACUUACACGUGAUCCAUUAGCUGAACGAAAUGUUCCAACACGUAAUCAAGUAUCAGAUAAAUCUCAACAACAACAACAAACAACAACAACUACACAAGCAACAAGUUCAAAAUCAAGUACAACAAAACGUGAUAAAUCAAAAUUAAUUACUUAUCGUGUACCACAUAAUGCUGCUGUACAAAUAUAUGAUUUUAAAUCUAAAAAAGCACGUAUUAUUUUUGGUCCUGAACUUGUUAUGCUUGGUCCUGAUGAACAUUUUACAUUACUUUCAUUGAGUGGUACUGUACCAAAAAAACCAAAUCAAAUUCAAACACUUUGUUUACUUCUUGGUCCAGAUUUUUUUACUGAUGUUAUUGUUAUUGAAACAGCUGAUCAUGCUCGUCUUUCACUUCAACUUUCAUAUAAUUGGCAUUUCGAAGUUAAUGAUAUAAAAGAUGAAAAAGAAGCUGCAAAACUUUUUUCAGUUCCUGAUUUUGUUGGUGAUGCAGCUAAAGCUAUUGCAUCACGUGUUCGUGGUGCUGUUGCUGGAACACAAUUUGAUGAUUUUCAUAAGAAUUCCGCUCAAAUUAUUCGUGCAUCUGUAUUUGGUCUCGAUGCUAAUCAACGUAUACGAGAUCAAUUUGUUUUUCCACAAAAUAAUCUCGUUAUUACAUCAAUUGAUAUUCAAAGUGUUGAACCAGUUGAUCAACGUACACGUGAUGCACUUCAAAAGAGUGUUCAAUUAGCUAUUGAAAUAACAACAAAUUCACAAGAAGCUGCAGCUAAACAUGAAGCUUCACGUCGUGAACAAGAAGCUAAAGGUUUAUUAGAACGUCAACGUAUUAAAGAUGAAGCUGAAGCUGAAGAAGUUCGAAGACAACUUCUUGACUUACAAGCUUUAUCAGCUGCUGUUGAAUCAACAGGUCAAGCUAAAGCUGAAGCACAAAGUCGUGCUGAAUCAGCUCGAAUUGAAGGAGAAGCUGCUGUUGAUCAAGCUCGUCUUAAAUCUGAAGCAACACGAAUUGAAGCUGAAGCUGAAUUAUCACGUUUAAAAUUAGCACGUGAAGCUGAAAUUAAAUUUUUACGUGAACAAAAUGAAUUAGAAAUAAAUAAAAAAUCUGAAAUGUCAAGAAUUGAAACAGAUAAAUUUAAAUUACAAGUUGAAUCAAUUGGUCCAUCAACAAUACAAGCUAUUGCUACAUCUGGUCCCGAUACACAAGUUAAACUUUUACAAGCACUUGGUCUUCAAUCAAUGUUAAUUACUGAUGGUCGUACGCCAAUUAAUCUUAUGGGAUUUGGACAAGGUCUUUUAGGUGGUUUAACUGGAAAUACAAAUAAAAAAUUACGAUCAUCAACAACAACUUCAAACAAUUAUCAUGUCGAAGACAAUGAAUAG